UUAUCUCACAUCUUUUUUUCAAUUGGCUCUUUUAAAGCUUACCUAGCUAUAGAUAGUUAUCCAUUGAUAGCAGUAUGACUGCAUGAGCUUAGAUAUUACCCUUAAGCUCCUUCUUCUGCUCUAGGUAUUUGGCGCAGCGAUUUGUGAGUUGAGAGGAACAAAAAAAUAAUCCAUUGAAAAUGGCCUCCUUCGCAAGAGCUAUACCCCGCCGAUUAGGGCAAACAGCAGCUCAGUUACGAGUUUCCUCUUCGCUGAGUUCUCGGCUACAACGUCAAGCUCCUUGGGUAUGCCAUCGAUGCGCUUAUAAAGCUGUAGCUACAGCUACAGGUACACAGCAAAGGUCUCUCACAACCAUUGAUCGAGCAGAUGCGGCGAAAAGUGCCGACAAAGCCCAGUAUGCUGAUUUGGACACUUUCCCCCGUCGCCACAUCGGCCCCGAUGAAGCUGAUACAGCUGAGAUGCUUAAAGCUUUAUCGCCGCCCCUCGAGAACCUAGAUGAGUUUGUUAGGCAAGUCAUUCCGCCAAACAUCUUGUCCAAGAGAAGACUCGAUAUCCCUCCACAUGAUGGAGCGCAGAGCGAAUCGAGUUUAAUGGCAAAAGUGAAGGAGUAUCAGUCCAAUAUCAUUGUGAAAAAGAGUUUUCUUGGUCAAGGAUACUAUGGAACUCAUACGCCACCCGUUAUCCAACGAAAUGUGCUCGAGAACCCAGCUUGGUACACGAGUUACACUCCUUAUCAGCCGGAAAUCAGUCAAGGCCGCCUAGAGUCUUUACUGAACUUCCAGACGAUGAUUACAGACCUUACAGCGCUACCCAUAGCCAAUGCUAGUCUUCUAGAUGAGGGUACCGCUGCCUCCGAAGCUAUGACUCUCUCGAUGAAUACGUUGUCAUCUUCCAGAGCUAAGAGAGAAGGCAAGACGUUCGUUGUCUCCACUUCUUUACACCCACAGACGAUCUCUGUCCUACGUGGUCGUGCAGAUGGUUUCGGCAUCAAAAUUUUGGAGUUAGACCUCACAAAGACUGAAGCCCGCGCCGAAAUCGAAAAUAUAGGCGAAGAUCUAGUUGGUGUUAUGGUUCAAUACCCCGACACCUAUGGCCACGUCGAUAACUACGAACCCCUCGCUGAGUUGGUACACAAGCAGGGCGCUCUUCUUAGUGUUGCGACGGAUCUCCUAGCUCUAACCAUGCUCAAGCCUCCCGGAGAAUGGGGCGCCGACAUUGCGUUUGGAAGCGCGCAAAGAUUCGGUGUACCGAUGGGAUUCGGGGGCCCCCAUGCUGCGUUUUUUGCUGUCCAGGAGAAGCACAAGAGAAAAAUGCCUGGACGAUUGGUCGGCCUUUCUAAAGAUCGAUUGGGUGGCAAAGCGUACCGAUUGGCCCUGCAAACUCGAGAACAGCAUAUCCGAAGAGAAAAGGCGACUAGUAACGUUUGUACGUCGCAGGCAUUGCUAGCGAACAUGAAUGCCCUAUACGCGAUUUACCACGGCCCCGAAGGUCUCAAAGCGAUUGCUGAACGUGUCGUCCGCGGCGCAAGAGUUGUGCAAGCUAUUGCCGAAGAGCAUAGAUUCGCUACACAGAAGAGUAAAUGGUCUAAUGACGGUGGUGUUAUUUUCGACACAGUUAUCAUUGACGUUGGAUCUAAUGAAAAUCAGAGCCAUUGCGUGAGGGUAGCACACAAGCAUGGGAUGUACGUCCGUCAAAUUGGCGAACAGCAAAUUAGUAUCUCAGCCGACGAGACAACAUCACUUGAUGACCUAGUCAAGGUCUUCCAGGUGUUUGCGACGACCGUUGAUGAUUCUAAGGUAUACCCCUAUGAUGUCGCCGAGGGCUACGUUCAACAGAUACUUCGGAAACAGGCCGAUUCCUUGGACAUUCCCGAAGCUUUCCGACGAACAUCAAGCUACUUGACACAUCCUGUCUUCAAUUCGCACCAUUCCGAAACGGAGUUGUUGCGAUACAUCUACCUUUUGCAGUCUAAGGACCUCUCACUUGUUCAUUCCAUGAUUCCGCUUGGCUCGUGCACCAUGAAGCUUAAUGGAACCACCGAGAUGUCACUCAUUACCCUUCCUGAAUUUUCUCAGAUCCACCCGCAUACCCCACCGAUGAUGGUUCCAGGGUAUAAUAACCUUCUGGAGAUGUUCAGGGAGCAAUUACGUAAUAUCACUGGAAUGGAUGCUGUCUCUCUUCAGCCUAACUCAGGAGCUCAAGGCGAAUUUGCUGGACUGCGAGCGAUUCGAGGAUAUCAUGAGGCGCGCGGGAAUGGCGGAAAGAAACGGGAUAUUUGCUUGAUCCCGGUUUCUGCCCACGGUACUAACCCUGCCUCUGCUUCUAUGGCUGGUAUGCGAGUAGUGCCAAUUAAGUGCGAUACGACUACCGGUAACCUCGAUUUGGCAGAUCUUGAGGCUAAGUGCAAAAAACACCAAGAUGAGCUCGGAGCUAUUAUGGUCACUUAUCCUAGCACCUUCGGUGUAUUUGAGCCCGAGAUCAAGAAGGUUUGCCAGAUUGUUCACGAUCAUGGUGGAUUGGUCUACAUGGAUGGCGCGAACAUGAAUGCCCAGAUUGGUCUUUGCUCUCCAGGAGAGAUUGGCGCUGAUGUGUGCCAUCUUAACCUUCAUAAGACUUUCUGCAUUCCCCAUGGUGGAGGUGGCCCUGGUGUCGGACCCAUUUGCGUUAAGCAACGUCUUCAACCCUUCCUACCUCGUGAUCCCAACCCCGCGGCGAAGGCGACUAGCGGUGGUUACGCAGUGAGCAGCGCGAAUAACGGUAGCGCUAGCAUCAACCUCAUUAGCUGGGCUUACAACACGCUUAUGGGCUCUGAUGGCCUCACUCACGCCACUAAGAUCACACUUCUCAACGCCAACUACAUUCUCUCUCGCUUAAAGCCCCACUACCAGAUCCUGUACGUGAACGAGCACGGGCGAUGUGCGCACGAGUUCAUUCUAGACGCCCGACCCUUCGGUAAAUCCGCCGGUAUCGAGGCUAUCGAUAUCGCCAAGCGUCUACAAGACUAUGGUUUCCACGCCCCAACCAUGAGCUGGCCUGUCGCAAACACUCUGAUGAUUGAACCGACGGAGAGUGAGAGCAAGGAAGAGCUUGACCGCUUCAUUGAUGCGCUAAUUAGCAUCCGUGAAGAAAUCUGUGAGAUUGAAGAGGGUAAGACGCCACGUGAAGGUAAUGUCCUGAAGAUGGCACCGCACACCAUGCAGGACCUGAUCGCAGGUGAUGGUGGCGAAGGAGGCAAGUGGGAGAGAGUCUACUCGCGUGAGAAGGCGGCGUACCCGCUGCCUUGGCUCAGGGAGAAGAAGUUCUGGCCUACCGUCACCAGGAUAGAUGACACUUACGGCGAUCUGAAUCUUUUCUGCACGUGCCCUCCGGUUGAGGACACCACCUAAUGAGACUAAAACCCUUUGCAUUAUUUCCGGCGCAGCGAUGGAUAUAUCCAAUUUUCAACAUUAUGGAAGGUAAAGGCGUACCGGAUACACUAAUUGGUGUUCUUCAACAACUACAUUAUCAUCAUAGAGCAAGAGCUGCAUAGAGUUUCACCAACUCUUCUAGAGAGCAAAGGCGUUAGAGGGUACCAUUCAACAAUAUGGAUGAUGGUUACUGUAUAUGGUGGGACAUAUGA